GUCGUUAUAUGCGGAAAUUCACAAAACAGUUCGUAUGUACAGAAUUUGUUUUGUUCGAAACUUUUUAUUUGAACAGCUUUAAUUUUGGUUGCUCAGCAAAACAAAAAUGGCGGCCAAUCCUGGGCGAAAGGGACAAAGGGCAUUAGCCAUUAGCUAUACUAUAUAAACAUAACCGUAAUUCUGAUUAAUUUGUGGUUUUAUAAGAAUUAGUAGAAUCAAUAAGAGGAAGACCAAUCUAAAUAAUUUAGCACAUUCAAAAUGUCACACAUUAAUCGUGUUGGAUCACCUAUGGACCGUCUGGAUGAAAGUCUUGAUGAGGCACCAGAGAAAAUUAACUUACGAAAACAGCUUCUUAAAAGUAAACAGAGAACGAAAUCACGUAUCCUAAACCAUUGCCUUAUAAAAAAAUGUGUGAAAAAUUUUGGGCAUUAAAAUACUUAAGUCUUAUUAUAACUGACACUGCUAGUCCAUAUAGUAAUCAGACACACUAUAUUAUUAAUUAAUAUUUAAUUAUUAAUAUAAUAAAAUGUAUGAGUAUGUCAAACUAUCUGAUUGAGAAAGUACAUGACAUAGCCUAGAUUUUAUGCACAUAUCCACAGCAGGAAAUAAAAAUUAGGCAGAACUAAUGGGAAUAGAAAAUGUUUUGAAAAAACUCAAGGGAAAUGAUGUUACAUAAACUAUUUACCUAUGGAUAUCAUUGUCUUUCCCAGACAUUCAAUUUCAAUUUGUUUUUACCAGUUCACAAUCUCUGUUACCAAAAAAAAAAUUCUGAUCUGAAAAAUUUAGAUUAUAGAGUAUUAUUCUCAUUAACUUCUGGACUUCUUCUUUAUAUAAGGGCCCACGAUCAUUUACUGAUCAUUCUGUCUGGCUCCUAUGCAUGUAGAGGGGAUUUGCAAUGUUUCUGUGCCUGGUGUCGACGAGGAUAUUUCACUGGUUGCAAGGGCUACUUAAUGUUUGUAUCAUGAACUGUGGGUUGGAAGGCCUGAGGCAAUAGACGUAAAUGUGUCAAGUGUUGUCGCCUCAAAUGUUCCUUUUGGAAGCUUGUUCUAGUCCUUGAUUGUCUUUGGCAGGAUGGUUAUCACAGAUAUUAGUUAUGAAAUUAAGCUUAAAAAUUUCAUGUAAAGGUUGGUAAAUUCUAGUCUUACAUUAUGGAUUAAGCUUUUGUUAAAGUUUGACACAACACACAUAGUAUAGGGUCUGCACUGUCAGUCAAUAAUGAUAUUCAGUCUAUUUAUAUUGGGCGUAGUCAAAUCAUAAGUUUCUGGAGAUGUUUUCAUUUUGCCAUACAAUGUGGCUUUUGUUCAUUUCUUAGCUGCUGCAUACAUUUUGAAACAGUUAAAAAAUCACAGAUUUACCAAAGAAAUUAAAUAGAUACAAAUGAUUACUUUUCCUAAAAAGAAUAUUGAUGAGAAAGUUAAAGUGGGAUCACUGUUUUGUAGAGUUCUCUGUGUAUUGUGGCAGGUUGCAUAUUUAUUUUAAAUUCAGAAUUACUCUAUUACACCAAGGAGAAAAAAAAUCCUUUAACUUAAAUGAAGCUUUCCUUAUUGGAUCUAUGGAAGAGGUGAGUUACAAAAUCAGCAAGUUAGACCAGAAGCUGCAGAGCUAUACAGCCCUAGUAUGUGAGAGUAGAGCUUCCAACUUUGAUGAAGACAAAUACAGAGGUAAAAAUGCAGAAAGCAGAGAGCAAUAUAUAAAACAAGGUAGGACAUCAUAUUCAAACCACUUUUUGAAUUUUGUUUCUUUAACUUUAAUAGAAUAUUCUACAAUGUCUUCCUAGAAUCUUAUCCUUGAGGCAAUCUUAAAAAUGCACCAUAUUUUGCCUUGCAAGUUGUAUGAAUAUAUAUAUAUAUAUUUAGUGAAAUUGUUUUGUUGGUACCUCUUUACAACUGUUAAUGAUAAUUCAACUUAUAAAAAUAUUGUUUUUUUAAUGGUUUUGUGUGUGUGUGAAACUCUUGACAUUUUUUGAGAAAUUUGUCUUGAAAGAAUGAAUGUAUGUUGAGAUAAUAAUAAUAGAUAAAUAAAUGUUUAAAUAAGACUUUUGACUUUAACAGCAAAGGAUACCAAAGAAGUGAGAACCUUUGCUGGUCUAUACACCAUAAAAUCAAGUGAGUUUAAUAAAUAAUGAAUCAUAAUAUAUAAGAUUCUUAAAAAAUACUUUUUAGAUCAAUACUUUACAGAUAACAAGGUUUGAUAAACAUAAUAUAUAUGUAUAUAUAUUUUAUUUUUUUUUAAAUUUUGUUGGUACUUAAAGUAGUUAAAAUUUAAGAAACUAAACUAUAAUUAAUCACUGCAGAAUAACUUUUGCACUUUUGCUGUCUCAUUGUUAAAAUCAAAAUUAUCAUUUAGGCCUUCCGUGUAAGUAUGUAUUAAAUGGCUUACUUAUUGCAGCACUCAUUCCAAGUUUAAGUGACAAGGUGAAAAAUAUUACCAAAAUCAGUAUGAAGUCAAAGAAAAAGAAUCUUUUGGUGAGUAUGUAUAGGUUUAGCUAUGUAACCUUAACAAAUAACAAGAAAUAUAUUUUAUUAAUAAGGAAUUUCAGAAUAUCAAGUGUGCAGAAAGCUUUAUAUUUUCUUUUAACAGAGUGAAUAAUUCUUUUUUAUAUUUAAAAACAUGUAAACAAACUGAAAAAAAAGGACAAAAAUUUAAUUCAUUUUAAGCCCAGGUAUAGGUGUACAUCUAAUAGUGUCUGAAAUCACAUUUUUAGCUUUCCAAACUCUUUUCCUUUGUUUAAAAUCAUAUUUCAUCUCCCAGCACCUUGUAAAUUAUAGCCUAUGAAAAUUUCUUUAACUAAUUUUAAAUUUAACAGAUAAAAAUUAAUGAAGUUAAACAAUUAAUUUACAAUAGACAAUAUUUUUUGUGUGUAAAUAAUCUGUUAAAAUUUUUUCUCUCUUUAUAUUUGAAGGCUGCUACUAAAAAUGAAAUGGGUAAACCUAAAUUUGUUGAGGUAAGUUACUUUAAAAAUAUGAACAAAUUUUUAUAUACAAAUAUAUAAAUAACAGGAGGCAUGUUUCUUAUUCUACGUCAGUUACCAUAGAAUUCACCAGCAGACACUUUUAUAAAUAAUUAUAGUUUUUAUAGCUGCAUUUUUUAAUUUUUAAUAAAAUUAUAUUAUAUUGUAAUGCAGAGUCAUAAACAGUCUCUCAGAGUCAGGAAAAUGAUGUAUUAUGUAACCAAAUAAAUAUCUGUAUGAUGUAUGCUGGUGUCAAUUGAAACAACACUCAGUGAAACAAAUGAACUCAUUCUACAAAUAAUUUUAAUGUGUAAGCUUUUUUAGUUCUGGUUUAUUUUGUUCAAAUUCUUUGAAAUAAUGAACAUUAUAUUUUUUAAAAAAACUUUUGUCCUUUAAAGCUUCAACAAUAUCCAGGAUAUGACCCUAAAGAGGUGACUCCUUUACCAGGAGGUCUGUUGACAAGAGACAUGUACAAUAAAGCUGUCAUCGCUUCUGGACUGAUGAAAAAUAAGGUUAAGACUUUUGUGUUCAUCUCAAAGAUUAGUGAAAUAAUAAUUUGUUUAAACCCAUCAUUUGUGUUUUAUAAUUGAAAUUUUCUUCCGACUAUGUUGAAUUUCAUUUUUUAUUCUUAAGGUUUGCCACCCUCUCCCCCCAUCGCUGCUGUACGGUUACAUGUAUAAACAUAAAGAUAAAAAGAAUUUAUACAUGUUAUGUUAUAGACAUUUUGCAAACAAUAAGUUUGAUCAAAUGUCUGGAUGAGAUUUUUUAAAAAUAUGUCAACUGCAUCCAUCAGAGUUGGGUGGGGACAGGGGUGGACUGGGGAGUUCAAGCGGCCCGGGAAAAAAUCAAAGCGGCCCGGGAAAAAAAACAAAAAGCGGCCCUAUCUUCAUGACUUUUAUUUUUAUUAUAUAACCGGUUCUAGCGGCCCAUCGGGAAUCUUCCUGGGUGGGGAGGACGUAGGGAUGGAGUUGAGGAACCUAUAUGUCAAAAAUCCAGACAGAAAAAAGAUCUAUCCAAUUUUUAAUCCUUGAUGUCUAUGUGACAUCUUUUGCCACUAAAAUGGGUAUGUCAGUAUCAUCAUGUCCUCAUGUGUAAUUCUACAACAUUAUGGAUAUUCCAUAACUAUAAUGUCUAUUUUGUUUUCAAGGCAAAUUACAGGAUUGAAUUUGAACAUCUCCUGUAUUCGCCCAUGUCAGAGGCAAUCCUCCAGGUAGUUAGGCCUACAGUUUAAGUUUUAGACUAGUAUAAUCUAUAAAUAUAGCAUAUAAAAGUUUUGUAUUGUAUGAUUUUUUAAAAUAUUUUAACAUUAUUAUUGCAUAAAAUAAAACUUUAUCACAUAAUACAUGUACCGACAGUUGUAUUUGCUUUAUUGUUCAUUGAAUAGAAACAGUUAUAAAAAUUUCUUUUUUGUUUUUAUCAGGACACAUUUUGGUGGUUGUUUUUAGAAAAGUUCCAGGCUAACCCAAUAUCUCAGGCCAAGCUGUUCAGUCGAGUAGCCCACAACUAUGUACACCUUAUGAUGCAGGGAUCUGAUACUUACCUUAAAGAUAUGUUUUUUACAGUAAGUUUAUAUGUUGCAAACCAGUCAUUUACUCUUAAUAUACUUUUCUUUUAUCAAAAACUGAACCCAUUAAAAAUUACCAUUAUUUAAAGAGAAUGCACUGCAAAUGCUAAUCAACAAAAUUGUUAUCGUUUCCCCCUUGAUUCAUAAAGGACUACCCCAAGCUGGUGUCACAAGCUGUUUACACAGCUUUUUGUUUCUCUUUUCCUGAUUCCUACCGCCUGUUUGGGGAGUCCUUCAAGAAUGACAUAACAUUUCUAGUGUAUGGAUGGAUGGCAGGUAAGUUGUUAAUUAUAUUGAUGAAUGUUUGAAAAUAUAGCUAUUGUAUAGAUGGGUCACAUAUGAUCUUGAAAUAAGGAUGCCACACAGUUUGUGGGGAAAAUAAAGAUUACAUGAUCCAGCCAUGACAACAGCAUAAAUGUUAGAUGGCUGUCACAAUGUUACACAAUCCAGCCAUGACAACACCAUAAAUGUUAGUCAGCUGUCACAAUAGUACACAGUGUGAUGUAUCUCUCAAUCAAUAUCAUGUCAUGGAAUCUAACAGUCUUUAAUCUGAUGAGGUGUACUAUUCUAUUACCAUUGAAAUUGUAUAAUCUAGAAGCUGAACAUGAAAUUUUUCAAUCUCUUAUAUUUCCACACUAAAUUUGUGUGUUAAAAUUGUUCUAGUUUACAAAUGUUGUCUUGAAUAGAAUAUUUAUAUCUGUGCUGAAAAUGAAUUUGUAAAAUUAAAAUAAAAACAUUUCCAUUUAUUUGGAUAAAUAAAAGUAAAAGAAUCUUAUCCUAAUCAGGCAUAAGACCUGCACCAAGAAACUGGCUCACUUGGGACAUGUCUGCUCUUGAACCAGCUAACUUGAAACAGAGGGAAGAACUGAUGAAUAAGAAAAGUGGUUGGUAAAUCUUAUUAAAUAUUUUUUUAAAUGUGUUUACAUACCAAUUUCUAAGUGUUUGGUAAAUAAAAAUGGUUCAUUCUUAAGUUGAGUUGUUAAAUUUUUAAAUUAAGAAUAUCAUCUCAAUAUUUAAUUGUUUAGAUUUUUAGAUACUGAAGCUGCUUGUUAUGAGUUUCAAUGUUUGUUGUGUUGAAAAAGGCCUGCACCCAAUUUUCAGGAAAUUCCAUCAUCAAUUUGGAUUACCUUGAAUCUCUGGUCUCUACAAAUCCUGCUCAGGCCUCCGCCAUGCCAACAGCCCAUUCCACUUCAAGGUCAUCAACUAAUUCUUACAUAGGGUCAAGAAAACCCCAAGGUCAGGCUGGUUGCAAGGUGAACAUACAUAUUCAGUCCCAUUGUAUGAGAAAAUUAUUCCUCAUGAAAUGCACCUUUAUUAUCUUUUUUUUUUCAUCAUUUUAAUCUUUUCAUCUUUUAAAUUACUUAAUUUUGAUUCAGCCCUUUACAAUGGUCACCCAUUUUUGUUUCACUAAAUAAUGAAGUACCAUGAUCUAUUCACAAUAUGUUAAUUUAAUGUCAAAUGUUCAGACAUCUUCCCCCCACAAGUCAGUAUCACCAACAUCAUCCCAAGUUUCAGUUGCUAUUGAAGCUGUAGCUGAGGCCCAAUAUGGCAACAGAGUUGGGAGGGUCCAUAAAGAAAGUAAGUUGGUACUUAAUAUACUAGAGACAUUUAACACCUGAGCCUUCUCUUAUAACAGACUAGUUUGUAGUUUGUCUACCAAGAAUGAUUUGUCAAGUCAAUUUGAAUAUUAAAAAAAAAAAAUGUUCAUCAUUCCAGAUAAAGAAAAAUUUAGAUCAACUGAUGCUCUUACACCCAUCCGCGAGAUUUCAAGCGAGGCAGAUGGAGAAGAUGAAAUAACAAAAACGAAUGUACAAAAUAUCUGGGAUGUGAAGGCCUCCAACAAACAUGAAAUUAAGGUAAUUAACACCAGGGCUGUACUGAAUAUUUCUUUUGCUCCUUGGUAAAAUUCAAACAGAGGUUUAAACAUUUUUUAUGAAAGAUUUAUGAAAGAUCAAGAUGUAUUUUUAUUACAAAAGCCAGAACACUUUGAUGAUGAAAAGUACUAAUUAAAUUUAAUCUUUUUAAAUUAUUAUCUGUAUAAUCUCAUUAAAGUAGAAUUUUAACAAUUUCAAUGGCUACAUUAUCACACAGGCUCAUUUCAUCUACUGGGAUUAUUUAUAUUCUGUGUAUUUUUAAAUAAAAAACUAUUGGUAUACAUAAUGCAUAUAUCUGAGUCUUAAAUAUUACAUUCAGAAGUCUUUGUAAUGAUUAAUUUUUUUAUUAAUUUCCUAAAAAAAAUUGAAUUGUGUUCUGCCAUAAAAAAAAUUAAUACAUUUUUCAAUUUUAUCAGACAAUUUCGAAUUAAUUCCUUAUUUUAAAGGAAAAAGCACCUAUUUUUCAAUAUCAAUAUUUUUUAAAAAGAUUUUUCGCAAGUUACCAAUUUUUUCACAUUAUUAUUCAGACUAAUUUUGUUAUGACAUUAUCAUGUCCUAUGAAUGAAAAUAGGCUCUCCUCAGAACGGCUGCCCAAAUUAAAAAAAAUAUGACUAUUUGUUAGAAAGUGUCCAAGGCUUGGUAACGUUUUUGUUUACUCUACCUAUGCUCUAUUGAAAAUUCUUCUUUUUUUUUUUUUAAUGAAUAUCGCAAUCUUCAUCAGCAUCUUCUUCAUCAUCAUUUCCUAAAAGAUUUUUUUUUAAAAAGAAGAAGAAAAACAAUGAAAAAUGCAAGCGAGAUACAAAAGUUAUCUCUGUUGAAUUGCUUUUUUUGUAUUAGACAGUUUUCAGCAGGCCACAUGGGCGCCCGCAAGGGGGGGCACUUGCCCUCCUUGGAUUUAUUGGAUAAAAAAAUUUUAGACAAAAAUAGACAAAAAAUUUAUUAAAGUAAAGAGAAAGUAACUAAGCUGAUGUCCUGUCCGUUCGUUCACCAUACAAAUACGCUACAGUAAAUUAAAACUAUAUUAAAACAUUAAUAAAAAAUGUUUGCCCCUCCUGGAAAGUGAAUCGAUUUUUUUGCCCCCCCCCCCCCCCCCCCCUAUUUGAAGUAUGGUAUUGUUUUUUUUAUAUUAUUACAAUAAUUAGUUUGCAAAUAAAAUUUGAAGAAAAAAUGAUGUCAUCAAUUAUCGGCGGCUAUUAGGCUGGUAGCUGGACAUUUUCUAACGAAAAGUAUUCUAUUUUUAAUUUGGGACUACCGUUAUGAGGAGUGCCUAAAAAUAUCCCUAUAUAUUUUAAAUGUUUUAAAAUUAUUUUCUUGCAGUCCCAUCCUGUAGGGCGUAGUUGUGACUUUGUUAAAGUAGUAUUUAACACAGAGGGUAAAAGUCCAUUAGUGUCACACUUCCUCCAAAUGGCAGGUUUGCAGCGAGACGCCGGUCAAAUAAUACGUUUACAGCGGGUUGAAGUUGAAAACCUUCCUCCAUAUCCUUUUGUAUUACUAUUAGAUUAAUUAGUUCCAGCGCAAUGUUGAAUGCUUCCUCUAGAUUAUUUAAAAAUAAUAAAGAAUAGUAAUAAAAUAUUUUUAGGCCUCCUUGUUUUAGCAUAUGUUCAAAAUUGUGGCUUUGAUUAGAACAAUUCUAAGCACCAAAAAAAAAAAAGGGGGGGAUUAUUUUUUUUGAGUGCAUAAAAAUUAAUUUGAUGACCUACACUACAAAGUUUUUGUGAGUCUGCUUUCAGUUUCAGGCUGUUGUGUCCAUAAGGUUGGUUUGUAUAAUACUGUUGGAGGUUGUCAUGUAUACUAAUAUGGGAGGUGGGAAUGUAUAAUAAUGUGAGAGGUGUGUGGUAGGUUGGAAUUAUAAUUUUUUGGUAGGUUGGUAUCUCUUAUAUAUAUCUGGUGUACUGUGGACUGCUUCCUAAUCAGUGAAUUUGGUACCGGUAUUGAGAGUAUAUUACAAAUAAUUCUAAAUGUUUGAAAGAAAGUAUGGUUCAACAAUGAGUUCAAUAGCGCGCAAAAUAUAAGAUGCUAAAUGAUAUCUUUGUUUUUUAUAAUGUAACUGUGUUUGGUAAUAUUUUCUUUUCAGAAGAUGAAAUUGUCUCAUUUUAAGUAUGGUGUAAAUAAUAUUCAGUUUAAAAGUGGCUGGGACAUCAGAAUAUUUAAUAUUGUUCAUGGGGGUGAAAAAAAAAGUGUGCAGUGACUUAUCAUGGGGAGAAGGGGUGUAGCAAAAAUUGGGAUCCUUAAAUGUGCGUUACUUGAGUUAAUGUUUUGUCAAGUAACUUUAGUAGAUGGAAAGUUCAGGCAUUGCUGUGGCCAAUGAUUGGCGGGCUAUAUCUAGUGUAUAAUAUUGUGGGAGUUUGGUAUGUAUAAUAAUGGGGGAGGUUGUCAUUCAUAAUAAUUUUGGAUGUAUAAUGCUGUGGGAGAUUGGUUAUAAUAAUGUGGGACGUCAAGGGUUUAGAAUUAAAGAAUAUAACACUAUGAAACAAUGAAUUUUACUUCCUUAAUACAAUCCUACAUUGGACGCACCCACAUACAAGGAUGUUAUAUCAGAAUCUUCUAGAUCAAUAAAAAGGAUAAAUCGAGAUUUCCAGAAGUGAGCUAAUUAUAUAAUUAUUAUUUUUUAUUUGAAAUAUAAUAAAAAUAUGAUUUAAUAUUUGAAAAUAAUUCUAACCUUUGUCUGUUUAGAAAAUAUUAUUUUAUCAUUGAUUUUAGGACAGUGCAGUGCAGCUAGUUGUAGCUUAUUUAGUCAUAUUUACAUGAAUGAAUUUGUCCAAGUGAAUUUUAUUUAAAACAGAAACUCAACCUACUUUGCUUUUAUUGGUCAUCUAUUCUGUGCACAUUAAACUUAUUAACAAGUCCAAAUAAAAAACCUUUGUUCCAGCAUGAGACAAAGUAACCAUAGAAUGACCCAGGCCUUGGUGAGAGAACAACAAGCAAAUAUGAGGGAUUUCCUUCGGAAACAAACCUCCCUCCUGUCCAACAAGAAGGAGGUUAAGCGCUUGAGUGACCUAAUCAUUAUGGAACAACGAGUGAGUAGGAAUAAACAUGCAAAAUGUGUGUCAAAGAACCUUAAAUCACACAUACAUUUACAAACACUCAACAUCUAUGCUCCCUAUUAAAAAUGUUCCGUUUAAAUAACAGUUUCUAUAAAAUAAGGUCAUUUGUAAACAAACUAUUUCAAUUAUCGAUAUGCAUAUAUUGCAAACUUAAAAUGCUUAACAUUUAUAACAAAAGGAAAUUGCAUAUGUAAUUACAAAUUAUCAAAAAGAACCAUUGUCAUAAAUUAACACAGCACGAGUGGGUGAUGUUCUUUACAUCAGGAUUCUCAAAACAUGGAUUACAACCUUAAAAGAUAUAAUUGAUGGACUGCAUUUUGUCCUGUUAAUGAAUUCAAGUUUAGCCCACCUUGUUCUUAGAUUCCUACCUUAAAUGAGGCCGUGGAGGGUUUUCUGUGGGAUUGCCAACUGAAACAGUAAACGAAAAAAAAUACUGAAUUUAUAACAAUUUUGCUUCUCUAAAAUAUAAUAUUUGUGGGUCACUUUGCUUCUAUAAAAUAGGAUAGUUGUGGGUCACUUUGCUUCUGUAAAAUAGGAUAGUUGUGGGUCACUUUGCUUCUAUAAAAUAGGAUAGCUGUGGGUCACUUUGCUUCUAUAAAAUAGGAUAGUUAUGGGUCAUUUUGUUGUUGAGCCUUCUCGUCCAUGAGGGGCAUCCACCGAUCAUCGUCGGCGUCUGCAGUUCCUCCAAGGGCAUAGGCCACCUACGAGAGACCUCCAGGCAUCUCUAUCCUGGGCCAGCUUCUCCAGGAUCUUCCAUUCAUGGCCAAUUUUCUUGAUGUCUGUCUCCAAUUCUCGGCGCCAAAUGUUUCUUGGACGGCCUCUUUUCCGCUUACCCUGUGGGUUCCAUUUCAGGGCUUGCUUUGUUGUGUUAGAAGCAGGUUUUCUUAGUGUAUGACCAAUCCACCUCCACCGCUUCUGGAGAAUCUCUUCCUCAAUGGGUUUCUGUUUUGUCCGCUGCCACAGUUCCUGGUUGCUGAUUUUGUCUGGCCAGUGAAUUCUGAGAAUCCUUCUUAGACAGUUGUUGAUGAAGGACUGGAUUCUGGUCAGGUUUACGGCCGUUGUUCUCCAUGUCUCGGCUCCAUAUAGCAGCACAGGUUUUACCAUAGCGUUAAAAAUCCUUACUUUUAACUUGCUGCCUAAGUUGUUAGAGACCCAAACAUUCUUGAGUUGUUGGAAGGCUGCUCUUGCUUUUCCUAUCCUUAUUUUGACGUCCGCAUCUGUACCACCUUGUUUAUCUACCAUGCUGCCAAGGUAAACAAAACUGUCCACCUCCUCAAGGGCUUCUCCUUCAAGCAUAAUGGGUGAUGUACUGGUGGCAUUAACCUUGAGGAUUUUACUCUUCCCUUUGUGAAUGUUGAGACCCAUGCUAGCAGAAGUGGCUGCGACAAUGUUUGUUUUCUCCUGCAUCUGUUGUUGGGUAUGUGCAAGAAGUGCAAGAUCAUCAGCAAAGUCAAGAUCAUCCAGUUGAUCCCACAAGGUCCAUUGGAUGCCAUUUCUUUUCUGCUGUGUAGAUGUUUUCAUCACCCAGUCAAUGGCUAACAGGAAGAGGAAUGGUGACAGCAAGCAACCUUGUCUCACACCAGUCUUCACCUGGAAAGCAUCUGUCAACUGCUGGCCAUGGAUAACUCGGCAGUUUAUCCCUUCGUACAUGUUUCUGAUUAUAUCAGUAAUCUUCUGUGGCACCCCGUAAUGCCUUAGCAAUCUCCACAGGGUUUGCCUGUCAACACUGUCAAAGGCUUUUUCAUAGUCAACAAAGUUGACAUAGAGCGGCGAGUUCCACUCUAGUGACUGCUCUAGAAUGAUGCGCAGUGUCGCUAUCUGGUCCGUGCAGGAUCUGUUGGUGCGAAAGCCGGCUUGUUCGUCCCGCAACAGAGGGUCUACAGCGUUUUUCAUCCUGUUAAGUAGUACACGGUUGAAAACCUUUCCUGGGAUGGACAGCAGGGUGAUCCCUCUGUAGUUCGAGCAGGAGCUUAAGUCUCCCUUCUUUGGGAUCUUGAUAAGGUAUCCCUCUUUCCAAUCGGAAGGAACUUGCUCCUCUUCCCAUAUCUUCAUAAACAGAGGGUGUAGCAUUUCCACACUGGUUUCCAGGUCCGCCUUCAGUGCCUCUGCUGGGAUGCCAUCAGGUCCCGCAGCCUUUCCAUUUCUGAGUUGUUUAAUGGCCCUGCUAAUCUCUUCUUUGGUGGGACUAUUACAGUCAAUUAGCAGGUCAUUAUCGGCUGGUUGGAUAUCUGGUGGAUUUCUUGGUUCAGGCCUGUUCAGGAGCUCUUCAAAGUGCUCCUUCCAUCUCCCUCUCUGUUGCUCCUCACUUGGUAUGGUGUUUCCCAUUUUGUCCUUCACUGGUCUCUCUACCUUGCUAAAUUUCCCUGACAGCGUCUUAAUGGUAUCAAACAGUUCCCUCAUGUUCCCCUGGUGAGCUGCAUCCUCUGCUUCUUUAGCAAGUUUAUCAACAAAUUCCUUCUUGUCCCUCUUGAUGCUUUUCUUAACUUCCUUAUUUGCAUCUGCAUACUCCUUCUGGGACUUGUUUUUCUGUGCUCGGGUGCGGCUGUUAUUCACUUCUGAUUUCUUUCUUUUCCUUUCUUCUAUUUUAUUCAGCGUACCUGCUGUCAUCCAUUCUUUGUGUGCCUUUUUCCUGUUUCCUAGCACUUCUUGACAUGUUGACUGGACUGUUUCUUUCAUGCUUUGCCACUUUCCUUCGGUGGUUUCAUCUUCAAGUAUUUCUUGUAGGACUUGGAACUUAUUGAAUAGUGAGAUUCUGAAUUCUUCCUUUUUGGCUUGGUCCUUCAGGAGGGAGGUAUUAUACCGAGUCCUGUAUGCUGUUUGCUCGGUAUAAUGUCUCUUUAGUUUUAAUUUCAUCCUGGCCACAAGAAGAUGAUGAUCUGAGGCAAUAUCAGCUCCCCUCUUAACACGUACGUCUUGGAGAGAUCACCUGAAUUUUUUACAAAUGCAUACAUGGUCUAUUUGGUUCAUCGUUCUCAUGUCCGGAGAGACCCAUGUAGCGUUAUGAAUCCUCUUGUGCUGGAAAAUGCUCCCCCCUAUGACCAGGUCAGCUGUGGCACAUAGGUCCGCAAACCUCUCACCAUUGUCGUUCAUCUCGCCUAUCCCUUGCUGUCCCAUAACCUCUUCGUCACUUGGGUCACUUUGCUUCUAUAAAAUAGGACAGUUGUUGGCCACUUUGCUUCUAUAAAAUAGGAUAGUUGUGGGUCACUUUGCUUCUAUAAAAUAGGAUAGUUGUGGGUCACUUUGCUUCUAUAAAAUAGGAUAGUUGUGGGUCACUUGGCUUCUAUAAAAUAGGACAGGUGUGGGCCCCUUUGCAUCUAUAAAAAUACAAAAAAGGAUUGCAGCUCAAGAUGUUGGGACGCUGUGCUAAGCAGCUUCUGGUUGUAUACUCACCAGAGGCGUAGCGUGGUGGGGGCAGUGGGGGACAGAUGUCCCCGGGCGCAAGCUAGUUAGGGGCGCCAAAAUGUGCUUUGAUAUUAUUUUAUUGAUGAAAAUAAUGGGUUUGAGAGUUGAAAAAAAGAAAAAGGGGCGCUAAAAUGGAUCUUGUCCCCCGUGCGAAUCUUGUCCCCGGGCGCAAAACACUCUCGCUACGCCACUGAUACUCACAUGCUGUUUGAGAAGAUCAGCUUACAUGGUGUUUGAGAGGGCCAAAGUGUUGACAUAAUGAUUUUGUUUAUGUGAAAAAAAAAUUGUUUUAUUGAUAGGUGCUUAGGGAAUUUUUAAAAAAUGGGCGAGAAUUAAAUAAUGGGGAAUCAAGCUUUAUUUACUCUAAAGUCAGAGGCAAGGGCUAGAUGUAUGGAGAGAAAUCUUAAUUUUGAAAAAAGUGCGAAGUAAGAUGUAUACUUGAUAAUGAGGAGUACCAGCAAACAAGUAUAGAAUCCUUUUAUUACCUAAGAUUUAUGAAUUAGCAUACAAAUCCAUAUGCUGUUGCCUGCACUUCUCUUUAAUUUGUCAUAGAACAAAUAUCAUGUCUGGUGUUCCUUGGUUUGCCCUGAAGCCUCUUUGACUCUUAGGAGAGUUUCUUUUUCUUAAGAUGACAUCGGUCUGAUUAGGAGGACCUGAGUAUGUAUUUUUACCGAAACAGACACAAGUGUAAGGCACCUGAACCUUGAGCACUGAGAUUUGUCUCCUUUGUUCUUAUAGAGGUAUAUAAUGAAAGAAUCCCUAAGAUAUUGGGGAAUGAGACCCUUCUCAUUUUUGUGUGUAGAGAUCUGUUACCCUGUCAGUCAAUAGGAGGAUAUCUACAACCAGCUUGAAGACCUCAGCAGUGAGGCAGUCAGCACCUUAAGUCUUUUGAUGUUCUCAACAGUUUGGACCUCUUUGUUAUCUAUUUCUAAAUUUAUCUUUUUUUGUGGGAUUUUCUAGAGUCUUGGAAAUUUUGCUUAUCUUCAAAGAGGGAGCCACAGUGCUGUCCCAAGAUUCAAGAAAUCAGCCUUGUUAGUUAAGUGGAAAUUUCCCCUGAUAAGAUGUGCCAUUGACUUUGCUAUAGACUUUGGGUAUUUUUCAAGUUUUUUGUCAGCAUUUUAUUUCCUUUACAUUUCAGAAAAGCGAAGAUUCUGUCUCAGCAGGGGCAGACACAGCUAUAGUAGCAGCCCUGAUGGGUCAAGAGUAACAUUAAACAUUCAUAUAUAGUUAAUCCAGACUACAGCCUGAUGUUUUGGUGAAGAGACAGGACUGUUCAACAUCCCUUUUUGGCAGUCCAAAUUCCUCUUCUGUUCAAUAUUAUUAUUGUAAACUUGCGUCUGCUAACAUUAAAUGAUUGUUGUAAACUUGUGUGAAUGGCCCUUGUAUAAAAUAUGGUCUGGAGACACAAGUCAAAUAUGUAAAAAGUACCAAGCUAUUUAUUGUAAAUAAUUUAAACUUUCUUAGCUUAUGUAUUAAAGUAUUGCUUUAAAAAUAGUCUUUUUGGUAUGAUGCAUUUUAAGCUUAAGAUGAUGGAGAAAGAUUUAUGUUAGGAAGAAAGAUCCUAUUGCAAAAUGUCAAGUAGCUAUUUUUACCUCAACUUCUGAAGGAGGAAUCAAAAGGGUGAAGUCAGUGGCCCAAUCAGAGCCUGGGGCUGAACCUGAUUUUGAUGGCCCACCAUACAUAUAUUACACAUUGGGGGGUGCGGGGUGUGUUGUAAGCUGGGUUUAAGAGAUGCAUAUAACAAAAAAACUCAACACCCCACCCUCACACUGAGUGAAAUUGAGGCAUUGACUUUGCAAUGAGUUGUGGUGCAGAGGCCUCUUUAUUUUUUAUAGUGAUCAGAGUCAAAAGAGCCAAGGAAGCUAAGUGCUGCACUGCAUUUUGGGAACACUUCAUUUUAAAUCCUGUUAUAAUAGAUUGUUGUGG